CACACAGUUUGCUCAAGUUAGUCAUGUCGUUAGCUGUAUUGACUUUUCUAGUACUCUGUGGAUUUUCCUUUUUGGGGCAGCAUCAGGCAGUUGCUGACUGCGGUGCAGAAACAGCCGAUCUCUGGAAGGAUGAUACGGAUUUGGACGAAGGAAGUUGCAGUAGAACCACGUUAAAUAAUGAUGGGGAAGAUUCAUUUGAAAAUGUUCAGGUUAUAAAAGAAUCAAAAAAGGAAGUGAAAAACAAUGAGGACGCAAAUUCGGAAGUUGAGUUACCACUAUUUCAGAAUAUAUUAAAGAUAUUCAAGUUUAUAUGGCAGGUGCUGAGUAUUUGGAUAAAUUGGAAGUAAUAAAGGCGAUAAGGCGUAUCUGCUCACAGAUCCUGCAAAUUAAA